AAAGGGUGUGCUUCUCUAUUUUCUUUAGUGGGUUUUUCCACUUUGCUGAAUUGUUCCUACACUCAAAACUGUACCAAGACACCCUGUGUCCCAAAUGCAAAAUGUGAGAUACGGAAUGGAGCUGAAGGCUGUUACUGCAACAUUGGAUUUUCAGGAAACGGUGUCACAAUCUGUGAAGAUGAUAAUGAGUGUGGAAACUUGACCCAGUCCUGUGGUGAAAAUGCCAACUGCACUAACACGGAGGGAAGUUACUAUUGUAUGUGUGCACCCGGUUUCAGAUCCAGCAGUAAACAAGACAAGUUUAUCACAAAUGAUGGAACCGUCUGCGUAGAUAUAGACGAGUGCAGUGAGUCAGCAGCCUGUGGUGAUCAUGCCGUGUGUGAAAAUGUGGAUGGUGGGUAUAACUGCUCCUGCAAAGAAGGUUAUCAGACAUCCACAGGAAACUCCCAGUUCACACCUAAUGAUGGCACUUACUGCCAAGAAAUUGUGAAUGCAGACUGCCACUUAGAUAAUGCCUGUAUUGCUGAGAAAACUGGUAAAACUUUAGCAAAAAUUAGACACAUCAAAGAACCCAUGGCUUUGCUACAAGAGGUCUAUAGAAAUUCUGUGAAAGAUCUUUCACCAGUGGAUAUAAUUACGUAUAUAGAAGUAUUAGCUGAAUCAUCCUCAUUACUGGGUUACACGAACAGCACUAAUGCAGCCAAGGACAUCCUUUCUAAUUCAACUCUUACUGAGUUUGUAAAAACUGUGAAUAAUUUUGUUCAGAAGGAUACAUUUAUAGUUUGGGACAAGUUAUCUAUGAAUCAUAGAAGAACUCAACUUACAAAACUGAUCCAUGCUGCUGAACAAGCUACCUUAAGGAUCUCUCAGAACUUCCAAAAGAACACUCAGUUUGAUACGAAUUCAAGUGACGUAGCUCUCAAAGCUUUCUAUUUUGAUUCCUAUCACAUGAAACAUACUCAUCCCCAUAUGAACGUGGACGGAGAUUACAUAAAGAUAUUUCCAAAGAGAAAAGCUGCAUAUGAUUCAAAUGGCAAAGUUGCGGUUGCAUUUUUAUAUUAUAAGAGCAUUGGCCCUCUGUUUUCAUCAUCGGACAACUUCUUACUGGAACCUCAGAGUACUGAGAAAGCCGAAGAGGAAGGAAGAGUCAUCUCUUCAGUAAUUUCAGCCUCAAUUAGCUCAAACCCACCCACAUUGUAUGAACUUGAAAAAAUAACGUUUACAUUAAGUCACAUAAAGACCACAGAGAAGCAUAGGAGUCAGUGUGCGUUUUGGAACUACUUGCCUGACACCAUGAACGGCAGCUGGUCCUCAGAGGGCUGUGAGCUGACAUAUUCGAAUGAGACCCACACCUCGUGCCGCUGUAAUCACCUGACACAUUUUGCAAUUUUGAUGUCUGCUAGUUCUUCCAUUGGUAUUAAAGAUUAUAAUAUUCUUACAAGGAUCACUCAGCUGGGAAUAAUCAUUUCACUGAUUUGCCUCGCCAUGUGCAUUUUCACCUUCUGGUUCUUCAGUGAAAUUCAAAGCACCAGGACAACAAUCCACAAAAAUCUCUGUUGUAGCCUGUUCCUUGCUGAACUUGUUUUUCUCAUCGGGAUCAAUACAAACACUAAUAAGCUCUUCUGUUCAGUCAUUGCCGGGCUGCUGCACUACUUCUUUUUAGCUGCCUUUGCGUGGAUGUGCAUCGAAGGCAUCCACCUCUAUCUCAUUGUUGUAGGAGUCAUCUACAACAAAGGGUUUUUGCACAAGAAUUUCUAUAUCUUUGGCUAUCUCAGCCCAGCUGUGGUAGUUGGAUUUUCAGCAUCAUUAGGAUACAGAUAUUACGGCACCACCAAAGUAUGUUGGCUUAGCACAGAAAACAACUUUAUUUGGAGUUUUAUAGGACCAGCCUGUCUAAUCAUUCUUGUUAAUCUCUUGGCAUUUGGAGUUAUCAUAUACAAAGUUUUCCGUCACACUGCAGGGUUGAAACCAGAAGUUAGUUGCUAUGAGAACAUAAGGUCUUGUGCCAGAGGAGCCCUUGCUCUCCUGUUCCUCCUCGGCACCACCUGGAUCUUUGGCGUUCUCCACGUUGUGCAUGCGUCCGUGGUGACCGCUUACCUCUUCACUGUCAGCAAUGCCUUCCAGGGGAUGUUCAUCUUCUUAUUCCUGUGUGUUUUAUCUAGAAAGAUCCAAGAAGAAUAUUAUAGAUUGUUCAAAAAUGUCCCUUGUUGUUUCGGAUGUUUGAGGUAAACAAAGAGAACUAUGGAUAAAAGUCAAGCUAUGGACGGCCGAUGUGUAAAAAUGACCCAAUUAUUAAUUACUAGAUAAUCAAAUAGUUUAAAUCAGUUUUUCUGUUUACUGUAUAGAAACUGUAGAUAAUAAGAGAUAAAAUUAUGUACCAUAUAAGUAUAGUAAGCUUACCUACAUGACUUAGUUAUGUCAAAAGUAGUAUUGCAGAUAUUUGGAAAGUAAUUGGUUUCUCAGAGUGAUAUCACUACGCCCAAGGAAAGAUUUUCUUUCUAACACAAAAAAUAUAUACAUGUCCUGAAGGAAACCCCUGGCUUGAUAUUUUUGUGACUCAUGUUGCCUUUGAAACCAGUCCCCUAUCAUCUUGGUAAUGAGCUCUGUUACAGAAAGUGGAGCGUAAGAGAACGAAGGAGUGGAAUAUAAAACAGUAAAAAAGGAAGAGCUGUUACAACAAUGAGAUGUAUUUUGAGCACACUUGUUUUGUAAACUAGAUGAGAAAUUAAAGGGAUAAAAUCAAGUACUGAACAAACACAUCUUACCAUCUUGUGAAAUGUUCUGAACUUAAAUUUCUACUGAAAUGACUCCAACCUGUAUUUAUGUCCAUUCUCUAUUCGAAUAGUCUAAAAAGGACACAAAACUUUACAAAAGGAAAAACUAAACAUUUCUGUUCUGUUUUUAGGUUCACGUUAGAGUGAGGUAUAUGCUGUUUCUAUACUUAUUUCACAGAUGGUGACUUCAAAUGCUUAUUCAGUAGUACAGAAAUGUGUCAAAAUAUAAUAUUGUUCAUGCCUGUAAAUGUAAAAAUAGUGUAUAUAAACUGAAGCACUGUGUGCUAUAACCUUUCAGUGUAGUGAAAAAUACUGUAUCUCAUUAGACUAGGAAAUUUGAGUUCUUUUUUUUUAAUUUUAGAAAUGUUGAGAUCACAUGGCAAUACUCCCUUUUAACUUACUAUUUGUAAAAGGGCAUUGUAAAUAUGAAAGUAUUCAUAAAGUGAAUUGCUAUUUUUUUUUGUUCAGAAAAAAAACACAUUUUAAAAUGUUAUUUAUAGCAAAGAAAUCACUAAGAACUGUGGAAACUUUCACGGUGGCUCUUUCCUGACACUUUCCCACUAUUAAUGUAUAUCUGCUAAAAUGUAAGGCUUCUGUCUUCAAAUCUUCUCAUUCAAACGCAGAAGCAGUAAUUUUAUUUCAAAAAUAUGUAAUUGUUCUGCACUAACCUGUAAAAGUAUGCCAAUAUACGAAAUGUUGUGAUUUUAACUUCAUUUCUCCAGCCGUUAAAAUGAAGUCUGUCAAAUCUUGCUCUAACAAAUAAAACAUGAUCUAAAUGAA